CACACACGCACGUGUUUGUGUACGAAUAGUAGUGUAUAUAAUCAACUCACUAAGGUUUCAACUCAUUCACUUACAGCCUGCUCAUCCAUACCUGCAGAAUGAGGUUCUUGGUCCCCCUAGUGGGUAUUUUGUACGUGGCAGGAGCAGCAUUCUCGUUCCAUCUUCCCGCUGCCCAGUUCCCGAUCUCCCUUAACCUCCUUGCUGGGGAUGUGGCUUUUGACCGAGUUAUCCAUCCACGUCUUGGAACCACUGAUGAUGAUAAUCCACGCACGGUGAAGUCCAUCUCUGCUUCUCAUUAUGAUUUGUCUCCGAAUGAGCGUGAUGGUUCUCUAAGUCGUAGUGCCGCUGUAUCUGAUUCUAGUUCACGUAUGAUGAGAUCCGACUCUAAUUCCAAUUAUGAUUCUAAUUCUUCAAAUGAUUCACGUAUGUUGAGAUCCAGUUCUUUUUCUCAUUCUGAUUCUGAUUCAAUUUCUUCAAAUGAUUCACGUAUGAUGAGAUCCAGUUCUUUUUGUGAUUCUGAUUCUGAUUCUAAUUCUAUAAUUUACGUAUGAUGAUGAGAUCCAGUUCUUUUUCUGAUUCUGAUUCAAUUUCUUCAAAUGAUUCACGUAUGAUGAGAUCCAGUUCUUUUUCUGAUUCUGAUUCUGAUUCAAUUUCUUCAAAUGAUUCACGUAUGUUGAGAUCCAGUUCUUUUUCUGAUUCUAAUUCUAAUUCUAAUUCUAUGAUUCACGUAUGAUGAGAUCCAGUUCUUUUUCUCAUUCUGAUUCAAUUUCUUCAAAUGAUUCACGUAUGUUGAUGAGAUCCAGUUCUUUUUCUGAUUCUGAUUCAGAUUCAAUUUCUUCAAAUGAUUCACGUAUGAUGAGAUCCAGUUCUUUUUCUGAUUCUGAUUAAAUUUAUUCCCAUUAUCUCAAAGAAGACUAAGAAAGGACUUAUCACAAGUGUUUAAAAUCAUCAAAGGAAUUGAUAGCAUGACUGCAAUAAGUGUUUCACUAUACAUUAUUCAAAUUACAUACGAGGAAAUGGUUACAAAAUUAAUAGAAAAUUCUUCUACUCUCAUGAAUAAAAAAAAAAAAUAGUUUCCUUGGUAUCGUCAACCUUUGGAAUAGGCUUCCUUCAGACAUGAUAGACUGCAAUACAAUACAGAAUUUUAAAUGCCGUCUUGAUUAAUAUUUUCCCUCAAACUCGCGGUUAACAGCGUACUUCUUGUUAGAAAUUAAAAUUCUUUGCCUCCAGAAAAUGGAAGCAUUUCUCUUCAUUUAUUUUCAUUCUUUCGUACAAAAAUCUCCAUCGUGUUUUUACUUCUCUAACACAAUAAGGUAUUUAUUUCCAAUCUAUUUCCUGUACUGCUUAUAUAGGAGAGAGUGGAGAGUGGGGAGAGAGCUUUGUUUUUCUGUCCUUUUCCUAUACUAUGAAAUAUUCAUAGAGUAGAUCACCUCGUGAAGACUAAAAGGUCUGUUGUAAUCUAUAUCUAUAUUUGCACAUAACAUUGACCCAUGUGGUCCUUCCGUUCGUCGGUCUUGUAUUCGACUGUCUUGUGACUAGUGAUCCCCUUAAUUCAUGAGAGGCAAUGGUGCCUCUACGUAACUCAAAAGAACCAACAGUUAUCUUUCUAAUUCAAGAGAACCCGUGAUCUCUUUAAAUAAAGAUCACUUAAGGAGAAAAAAAAAUUUUACUCAAGAGAAGCAAAGGUGCCUUCAAUUCCAGAGUCGAUAUAAUCCACCUAACACAAGAGAAUCAACUAUCCUCUAAUUCAGAAGAAAGAGUGUUAGUUAGAAAAACGUUUGCAGCAAGAUUGAGGCUGACAGUGAGCACUGAUACCAACGAAGAAUGAACACUAUGAACGUACAGCUGAAUACACGAUGAGUGACCACAAUCAUGAAGAUGGACCACGCCUCUAUGUAACCACUUGUGCUACUGGGCGAGUAAUUGUGAUCAUAAUCCAUGGCACCAAGUAAAACCAAAAUAUCCAUUCCUUUAUCUCCUCUCAUUUACAAUCAAAGAUGUAAACAUGGAGAGUAAAUAAACUAUCAAUUGGCUGA